GGUCAAAAAUUCUUCAUGAUUGGUAUAUCUAUUCUGUUCCGUAUGAGAUAUCUAUUAAAGAGUUUUUUGACAAACUCAUUAUUGAAAAAAUAUUACCAGAAUGCAAUAUUAAUAUAGACUUCUUUGAAACUAUUGAAAGUAUUGAAUUGAGUCAAUCUAUAGAUGCAACAACUAUUCAAGCAAGUUUUGAUUGUGAAAUUAUCAAAAUAACAAAAACAUUUGGUAUAAAUGUAUAUUACCACCUUAAAUCCAAUAAUCCUAUAACUUCCCAUUCAGUAUCUCUUCCAAAUGCUCUCAAAAUACUUAUGCGAAAUUCAC